UCUAUCGGAUCUAGAGGACGUGGCCGAGGUAUCGGGCGGGGUGGGCGAAGAUAUGCGUUGCAAAUAUGUUUGAAUCUUGCGACUGAGUCCUGUAUAUCUGGCAAAAAUUAUUUGUCCUGCGUUCGUAGCACAAGAUGCCCAUUCUCGGCCAUGCUGAAGCGGUAAUUUUCAUGCGGAAUAUGCAUUGCAAAGUCCUUACAAAAUCUAUGACAGAGAAUUUUAUAAACAAUACGAGUCGUAUUAGACCGACACAGAAAUCGAGUGAAAUCGUAUUGGUCUCAUUGCUCGCAUUGGUCGCCUCGUAUUGACGUGGCGCCAGGACCCCCAAGAUGGUCCGCCCAGCCGCCCGCCCCAAUUGGUU